CCUUGCACCUUUCCACUCUACCUUCUCAGUCUUUUAGCUUCUCUCUCUCUCUCUCUCUCUCUCUCUCUCUCUCUCUCGCGCUACAAGUCAGUGAUUACGCAGGCUUCUGAUCAUCGCUCGCUCUUCUUCUGGAGAAUCCAAAUUUAGACCUUUGAUCAUGUUCUGUAAUGUACUCCUGCAGGUUUUAUGACAUGUAUUGAUUACGAGAUAUUUUCUCGAUGGGGGGAGCUUGUUCUAGGAAGAGAAACCAACUAGAGGACGAAGAUAAUUUACAUGGAGGGAUUUCUAGAAGAUAUAGCAAAAGUGGAAGUUCGAAAUGGUUGGCAACCUCAUUCAGUCGAUCUGCUACAGAUAUUCAACUGGGUACAGGGAAAUGCCUAUCCCUCAUGGACUUGUGCGUCCAUAAAAUAUGUGAGGACAUUGAUAAUUAUAAAACCUUCUCUAUGCUGCCAAGGGAUAUUAGUCAGCAAAUCCUAAACAAAUUGGUAUAUUCUAGACGUCUUACUGAUGUUUCCCUUGAAAAGUUUCGCGAUUGUGCUCUGCAGGAUCUUUACUUGGGAGAAUGUCCUGGAGUGGAUGAUGGUUGGAUGGAUGUCAUUACAUCGCAGGGUUCAUCUCUACUUUCUGUAGAUCUGUCUGGUUCUGAUGUUACAGACAAUGGAUUGGUUCAUCUCAAGCCUUGCACAAAUCUCCAAGCAUUAAAUUUUAAUUAUUGUGACCAAAUUUCAGACCAUGGGCUUCAACACAUCAGCGGUCUCUCAAACUUGACAAGUAUAAGUUUUAGAAGAAACAAUGCAAUUACUGCUCAAGGAAUGAGUGCCUUUGCUGGCCUAGUCAACUUGGUCAAGUUGGAUCUGGAGAGAUGUCCUAAGAUCCAUGGUGGACUUGUUCAUCUUGAAGGUUUAACGAGGUUGGAAUCUCUUAAUAUUAAAUGGUGCAAUUGCAUAACAGAUGCUGAUAUAACGAGCCUUGCAGGGCUUACAAACUUGAAGGGACUACAAAUUUCCUGCUGUAAAGUUACUGAUAAUGGCAUUUCUUACUUGAAAGGUCUUCAUAAGCUUUCUUUGUUGAACUUGGAAGGAUGCCCAGUUACUGCUGCAUGCUUGGAUUCUCUUUCCGCUCUUGCGGCCCUGCGAUAUCUGAAUCUUAGUAGAUGUUGUCUGUCUGACAGUGGAUGUGAGAUGUUUUCUCGAUUUGGGAAUUUAAAAGUAUUAAUCUUGGCAUUCAAUGACAUCUCAGAUGCUUGUUUGGUGCACUUAAAAGGUUUGGCAAAUCUGGAGAGCUUGAACUUAGAUUCCUGUAGGAUUGGUGAUGAUGGCCUGGUUAACCUGACAGGCCUUCACCGUUUGAAAUGUUUGGAGCUGUCUGACACUGAUGUUGGAAGCAAUGGGCUCCGCCAUUUAUCUGGUUUGGUUCAUCUGGAGAGUAUAAAUCUUUCAUUCACAGUAAUUACAGAUAGUGGAUUGAGAAAACUUUCUGGUCUCUCAUCUCUUAAAUCACUUAAUUUGGAUGCUCGCCAAAUUACAGAUGGUGGACUUGCUGCUCUUACAAGUUUGACCUCAUUGACACAUCUGGAUCUUUUUGCAGCUCGUAUAACAGAUUCUGGAACGAGCUAUUUACGAAACUUUAAGAACCUGAGAUCCUUGGAAAUUUGUGGUGGAUGGUUGACUGAUGCUGGCAUAAAGAAUAUUAAGGACCUUUCAUCUCUGACGUUGUUGAAUCUAUCACAGAACUCCAACCUGACGGAUAAAACCUUGGAGUUGAUUUCUGGGCUAACAGGAUUGGUGUCUUUAAAUGUGUCAAAUUCGCGUAUCACCAGUGGAGGACUCCGACAUCUGAAAACACUGAAGAACUUAAAAUCACUGACAUUGGAGUCGUGCAAGGUGACAGCAAAUGACAUCAAGAAGCUUCAAUCAAAUGACCUCCCUAAUCUGAUAAGCUUCCGACCGGAGUAGUUAUGGAGGGACAAAUAGUAAGUGUAUAUAUAAAUAACAUUAUUGAAGCAAGAAGACAAUUGUUGGGUGGAUCGUAUGGAGUUUGGAGUUGGGAGUGGGGUUCCAAAAAAUGGCUUUUGUGGGAUUGAAUUUUGAAUAAUCUCUGUCUCUGUGCUUUUUUAUGUGAAGCUUUUCUUCUGAAUCAUACAAUGUUGGGGAUAUUGGAAGAAAAUGUGUAUAAGCUUCCUAAGCAUGGGUGGGUCAUAGGUGUCCUCUUCUCUGGAACUUUGGUCUUAAAAGUCGAAAGGGCAUUGUACAUAAUCCUCAGGCACUCGGACCAUUUCUUAAUCCAUGUGUUGAUUAUGUACAGUACAUUAGUUUAUUAAUUGAUUGAAAGCCACUCGAUCAGUAAUUUGUCAA